CGAGCCAUAUUUAGCUUUUGUUUCCAAGCCGUCAGUGAUGAUUGCGAGGAGUGUUAUGUGUUUGAAGGAACGUCUCGUCACGAGAACAUUCUCGCGGGACAUAAAAGAGAUCUGGGAUCAUGUUCUACGGAACAGCCGUGGGGUAUCGCUUAAAGGAUUCACGGAGAAGCGACAGGACGUGGUGAGGACGAUCUUGGAAAACACCGAGGUCACUCGAGACCACAUGACUCCGGAGCUGAAGUUACUGCUGCUCACGGAGAAUUGUCCUCUGUAUCGUGAGCCCUUCAUUGACAAGGAUGGCGAUAGGAGACUCGACUCUUUGACGAGAACCGUAUUUCACGAUCCAUUCUGGUCCAUAUACUGGCCCGGCGGACAGGCGCUCACGAGAUUCAUCCUCGACGAGAGGGAGCGAAUUUUCGGACGUAAGUUGCCGGGUGCGAAAAAGGGUCCUCUAAGGAUACUGGAUCUGGGUGCGGGAUGCGGCGCCACGGCGAUAGCCGCGAAAUCGAUCGGGCCGUGGCAAGUGGUCGCGAAUGAUAUCAGUGAAGUCGCCUGCGUAGCUAUUGCGAUGAACGCCAUGCUAAAUGACGUGGACAUCGAGGUGACGUGGCAGAACCUACUGGAAAAAACACCGGAAGAUCUGUACGACGUGAUCUUUGUCGGCGAUCUGCUGUACGACGAGGAAAUAGCGAACAUCCUAAUUACGUGGCUGGAAAACGCACACGUACGAGGUGCGCGAAUUUACGUGGGGGAUCCAGGAAGACAUGGCUUAACCGCGGAUCUAAAGAGCCGAUUGAGAUUGCUGCGACGAUAUUUCCUACCCGAGAGCGUUAAGAGAGAGAAUCACGGUUACGACACAGCCACCGUAUGGGAAUUUGCGACCGGAACAAAGUAGCUAUAUUUGCAUGCAGCUAUAUUUAGCGACGAAAAUUGCGUUUUAUACAAACUACCGCCACCAACAUCGCCCCGAAUGAAGAAACUCAAACGUCACUGAAAGCAAAUGGCAUUGCAAAACUUAGGCCCAUAUUAAUAGUCGUUACUUGAAACUUUUCUCAAAAGUGAGAUAUUCAGAUUUGAGUUCAGAGUCAGGUGAAAAUUUUCCAGUUGAACCGCUAUUAUAGAUGUAAUAUCACAUAUGUUAUAUUAUUCAAUUGGAAAAUUUGAAUGUAAAUCUGAGUAAAAAUUUGAGUAUCUCGCAAGAGACAAGUUUCAAAUGACAACUAAUAAUGCGGCUUUUAGAGUAUCGCAAUUUCUUGCGAAACUUCAGUAAGAUGGAUUUAUCUUAAUGUUAUUAAUCAAACGAAAACGUCUCGAGAAAGAUAAAGAAACGUGUUCACCUUCGUCACGUGUAUUCGUUCGCGUUAGAAAAUGCAUUAAAAAUGCAUAAAAAAUGCAAGAUGCAUUCAGAAUAUGUACUUUAUUCUGCCGCACCUAAAAUAUUUUUUAUCGUCAUAAAAUAAAUAAUAUAUUCGAUAUGUUUAAA